AUGCCUGACGACCACUGGAAGCAAGAGUACAACAAUAGACAUGAGGAGAAUGAAGCAUCGAGCAUCACAAGCCACGAGAAGCCUACCGCGUCUACGCAAACUUCAAACGCGGCCGAGCUCACUCCCACCGCGGAUGCGCAGACCCUAGAGACCAUUCAUCAAGAAGAUGAAGAGUAUGGUUUGUUUGUUGUUGAUGCAAACAUUGGAGACCAUUCAUCAAGAAGUAACUCACCAGUACCUGAAGAGCCAAUAACCAAGUGCAUAUGUAGAGAGAGACUUAUUGAGUUCAACCACUUUGUGAAGACAGUCCCUCUCUACCAUGGAUUCUAUGAUAUUUGGAAGCUGGGCUGUCUACUGAUGUGUCCUGUGUACAUCUCUAAGUGGGUUGAAGCAGUCGCUAGUCCCACUAAUGAUGCAAAAGUUGUCAUGAAGCUGUUUAAAUCUGUGAUAUUCCCGCGUUUUGGAGUUCCUAAAAUUGUGAUAAGCGACGGAGGAUCACACUUCAUCAACAGAGUUUUCGAAAAUCUUCUUAGAAAGAAUGGAGUCACACAUAAAGUUGCUUCUCCAUACCAUCCCCAAACCAGCGAUCAAAAAGAUGCUAAGCCAAGACUAUUGAGAUGGGUUCUUCUACUUCAGGAGUUUGAUAUGGAAGUACAGGACAAAAAGGGUAUAGAGAAUGGAGUUGCAGACCAUCUCUCUAGGUUGAGAGUAGACUCUGAAGUCCCUCUUAAUGACAGUCUUCUUGAGGAAUCAUUGAUGGUGCUCCACUCUUAUUUGGAGUUGGAAGAAGUGGAUAGCAUCCAAGAAAAGAGAAUGUCCUGGUUUGCUGAUAUUGUGAACUUUCUUGCUUGUGGAGUGGAACCACCUGAACUUGAUCCUUACCACAAGAAGAAGUUCUUCAGAGAUGUCCAAAGAUACCAUUGGGAUGAGCCCUACUUGUAUGUCCUGAACAAAGAUCAGCUGUAUAGAAGGUGUCUUGCUGAGGAGGAGACAUGUGAUGCUUGUCAGAGGCAUGGGAACAUAUCAAAGAGGAGUGAGAUGCCUCAAAAUCCAAUUCUAGAGGUUGAAAUCUUUGAUUGCUGGGGAGUUGAAUUCAUGGGGCCUUUCAUUUCAUCUUAUGGGAAUCAGUAUAUACUAGUUGCUGUGGACUAUGUAUCCAAAUGGGUUAAGGCCAUUGCUUCCCCUACCAAUGAUUCCAAGGUAGUGGUGAAGUUGUUCAAGAACAUUAUCUUCCCAAGAUUUAGAGUACCCAGGGUUGUCAUUUCUGAUGGAGGAUCUCAUUUUGUGAACAAGACUUUGGAAGGAUUGCUGAGAAAGCAUGGAGUGAAACACAAGGUAGCUACUCCUUAUCAUCCUCAAACUAGUGGCCAGGUUGAAGUAUCUAAACAGAUCAAGGCCAUUCUUGAGAGGACUGUUAGCUCAAGCAGAAAAGAUUGGAGCAAAAGGCUAGAUGAUGCAUUGUGGGCUUAUAGAACUGCCUUUAAAACUCCAAUUGGGACAUCACCUUUCAAUCUGUUAUAUGGGAAGAGCUGCCACCUUCCUGUUGAGCUGGAGUACAAGGCUUUGUGGGCUGUGAAGUUGGUGAACUUUGAUAUCAAGACAGCACAAGAGAAACGGGUCAUGCAACUCCAUGAACUUGAAGAGAUCAGGCUUGGGGCUUUUGAGAGCUCCAAGAUUUAUAAAGAAAAGACCAAGGCUCUGCAUGACCAAAAGAUUCUGAAAAGGGAGUUCAACCUUGAUGGAUACUCCGGAUUUUUCCAAAUUCCUAUUCGUCCGAAGGAUCAAGAAAAAACGACAUUCACUUGUUCAUAUGGCACGUUCGCUUACAGACGUAUGCCUUUUGGAUUGUGUAAUGCACCUGCUACCUUCCAGCGGUGCAUGAUGUCGAUCUUCACAGAUUUUAUUGAGGAUUUCAUGGAAGUGUUCAUGGAUGAUUUCUCCAUCUAUGGAUCUUCUUUUGAAAAAUGCCUAGGCAAUCUUGGUAAAGUUCUGCAAAGAUAUGAAGAUAAGCACUUAGUAUUAAAUUGGGAAAAAUGUCACUUCAUGGUACGAGACGGAAUCGUGCUUGGACACAGAAUUUCCGGAAAAGGUAUUGAAGUUGACAAGGCUAAAAUCGAAGUCAUGACAAGCCUACAACCACCCACAAACGUAAAAGGAAUUCAUAGUUUCUUAGGACACGCAGAAUUCUAUAAGCGAUUCAUUAAAGAUUUUUCUCAAAUAGCUAGACCUCUUACGCGUUUGCUUUGCAAGGAAAUGAACUUCGAGUUCGAUGAUGAGUGCUUAGCCGCGUUUCAUAAGAUCAAAGAAGCCCUUGUUUCCGCUCCAGUCGUGCAAGCACCUGAUUGGGAACUCCCAUUCGAAAUCAUGUGCGAUGCAAGUGACUAUGCAGUCGGAGCAGUGCUUGGCCAAAGAAACGAUAAGAAACUGCACGUAAUCUACUAUGCCGAUGGGUACUUGGGGUUCUUCCAAAUUCCCAUAGAUCCCCAGGAUCAAGAGAAAACAACAUUCACAUGCCCUUAUGGCACAUUUGCUUAUUGGAGAAUGCCUUUCGGUUUAUGUAAUGCACCGGCCACUUUUCAAAGAUGUAUGAUGCACAUUUUCUCUGACAUUAUUGAAGAGAAAGUUGAGGUGUUCAUGGAUGACUUUAGUGUCUAUGGCUGCUCUUUCUCGGAUUGUCUCUCUAAUUUGUCACAGGUCUUGGAGAGAUGUGAGCAGCAUAACUUGGUGUUGAACUGGGAGAAGUGCCACUUCAUGGUGCAGGAAGGAAUAGUUCUUGGGCACAAGAUAUCUGAGAAGGGCAUAGAGGUUGAUAGGGCAAAGGUGAAAGUGAUGGUGAAUCUGCAAACUCCCACUUCAGUUAAAGGGAUAAGGAGUUUCCAUGGGCAUGCAGGGUUUUAUAGAAGAUUCAUAAAGGACUUCUCAAGAAUUGCCAGGCCCUUGACAAGACUGUUGUGUAAAGAAGUGGAUUUCAUCUUUGAUGCUGAAUGUGAAGAGGCCUUCAAGUUGAUCGAGGCAUUGGUUAGUGCACCAAUAGUUCAGGCACCAGACUGGUCCCUUCCUUUUGAGGUCAUGACAGAUGAAUCUGAUUUUGCUGUUGGAGCAGUACUUGGGCAAAAGAAAGACAAGAAGCUACAUGUCAUCUACUAUGCCAGUAGAACACUUGACUCUGCACAAGAGAAGUAUACCACUACUGAGAAGGAAAUGCUGGCAAUAGUCUUUGCCUUUGAUAAAUUCAGAAGCUACCUGGUGGGAUUAAAAGUCAUUGUAUAUACUGAUCAUGCAGCCCUCAGGUAUCUGAUGACCAAGAAGGAUGCCAAGCCA